CGCCCACCGCCGGAGAACGUCGACGCUCACCGACCUGUGCUGGUGCUGCUCCUCGGUUCUCUUCUUGGCCUGCUGCUACUCCACACGUGUUGUGGUUAAGUGAUGGCAGAAGGUCAGGAUGGCCAUUAUGAUUCGUCCACUGACAGCUUGCGUGUUGAGCCUAUAUAUGAAUCUUUUCUGUGUCCACUCACAAAACAAAUUAUGCGGGAUCCUGUCACUUUAGAGAGCGGUGCUACAUUCGAAUGUCAAGCCAUUUUGAAGUGGUUUAAGGAAUCUGAUAGCAGUGGAAGGAGACUUAUCUGCCCUGUUACUAGAAAGGAGCUCAGUAGUACCGAGUUAAAUCCGAGUAUUGCUCUAAAAAACACUAUUGAUGAAUGGAUGCAUCGAAAUGAGGCAGCCAAACUUGAUGUAGCUCGUAAAUUAUUAACUUCUGAGAGUUCAGAAAGUGAUACUGUGCAAGCACUUGAAUAUGUUGCAGAGAUAUGUCAGAGAAGUAGAUCUAGCAGGCAUGUAGUGAGGAAGCUUGGCUUGAUAAGCUUGGUUUCUGAGUUGUUGAAGAAUAGCAGUACAAAAGUACGACAAAAAGCAUUGGAAAGUCUCCGUUUUGUAGCAAAAGAUGAUAAUGACAACAAGGAUGAGAUUGCUGCCGGGGAUAACAUUCGUACAAUUGUGAAGUUCUUAUCUCAUGGGCAUGUCCAAGAGAAAGAACAAGCUGCAUCUCUGUUAUAUGAACUUUCGGAAUACAAACCUCUUUCAGAAAAAAUCGGGAGUGUUCCUGGAGCCAUCCUCAUACUUGUUGGCUUGUCAAGUAGUAAAGUAGAAAACGUAUUGACAAUUGAUUGGGCUGAGAAAACACUGGUAAAUUUAGAGAGCUGUGAAAAGAAUGUUAGACAAAUGGCUGAAAAUGGUAGACUGCAACCCCUUCUUAGGCUUCUCCUUCAAGGCUCACCUGAUACCCAAUUAUCCAUGGCUGCUUAUCUUGGGGAGCUUGUCUUAAGCAACGAUAUGAAGGCCUUAGUGGCGCAAACCGCAGGCUGUGCACUAGUCAACAUCAUGAAAAUUGGGAACCUGGAGGCCAGAGAAGCAGCUCUGAAGUCAUUAAACCAAAUUUCAUCUUACGAUAUCAGCGCAAAGAUACUAAUUGAAGCAGGUAUUCUUCCACCUCUGAUAACAGACCUCUUUACAGUUGGCAGUAAUCAGCUUCCAAUGAGGUUGAAGGAGGUAUCAGCAACAAUUCUUGCAAAUGUUGUGGCAUCGGGUGCAAAUUUUCAGUCCAUUCCACUAGAUCACAGCCGCCAGACCUUAGUAUCUGAAGAAAUUAUUCACAAUCUGCUUCAUCUCAUCAGUAAUACAGGGCCUGCAAUCGAGUGCAAGUUACUCCAGGUCCUUGUUGGUCUAACUAGCUCUUCUGCUACUGUCCAAGGCAUAGUUGAUGCCAUUAAAAGCUCUGGUGCCACUGUUAGUUUGAUACAGUUUGUUGAAGCACCUCAAAGAGAGGUUCGCAUGGCUUCCAUCAAGCUUUUGAAUAAUAUAUCACCAUGUAUGGGACUAGAAUUGGCUGAUGCUUUUCGUGGAAAUUUUAGUCAACUCAGCAGCUUGAUUAGGGUCAUUGGUGACAACAACGGCAUUUCCGAAGAGCAAGCUCCAGCUGCUGGCCUUGUAGCUGAUCUUCCACUGCAGGAUUCAGUGCUCACUAGACAUCUUGUGCAAGAUGGGGCCUUCACCACAAUCAUAUCAAAAGUGAUGAUGAUUAGACAAGGGGAGAGUCGUGGAGGACGUUUUGUCAAUCCUUUUCUUGAAGGUCUUGUUAGGAUAAUCUCCCGUAUCACAUUUAUCUUGGAAGAUGAUCCAGAUAUCAUUGCUGUUGCUCGCCAAUACAAUCUCACUGCACUAUUUACUGAUCUGCUUCAGAUGAAUGGUCUUGAUACUGUCCAGAUUGUCUCUGCCACUGCAUUAGGGAAUCUCUCUCGCCAAUCAAAGCAUCUAACAAAGGUACUGCCACCUUCCACCCCAGGAUUGUGUUUUUCAAUAUUUCCAUGCAUCAGCCAGAAGUCUGUGUCAACCGGGGAGUGCAGAGUUCAUCAUGGGAUAUGUUCUUCAAGGGAGAGCUUCUGUCUCUUGGAAGGGAAGGUGGUGGAGAAGUUGGUUGCUUGUUUGGAUCACAACAAUGAGAAAGUCGUUGAAGCCUCUCUAACAGCAUUGUCCACAUUAUUGGAGGAUGGAGUGGACAUUGAUCAGGGUGUGAUGGUCUUGUGCGAUGCGGAAGGGGUCAAAUUGAUUCUUGAUGUGUUGUGUGAGAAUCGAACUGAGGCACUGAGGCAGCAAGCGGUCUGGGCCGUGGAGAGGAUCCUCAGGACGCAUGAAAUAGCUUACGAGAUCUCAGGAAACCAAAAUGUUGGGACGGCCUUAGUUGAAGCUUUCAGGCAUGGUGACUUCAAAACAAGACAAAUUGCAGAGCGAGCACUAAAGCAUGUUGAUAAACUGCCCAAUUUCUCGGGGAUAUUUUCGAAGAUGGGGGCACAAUGAUGGUGUUAUGCGAAUGUAAGAACACAGAGUUCAAAGGUUUGUGCAUGCCAAAUCUCAAGCCAAUGAUUUUGUUCCCAGCUCAAGAUUGUCGCGCUGACUAUCGCUCUCCAAAUAGUUCCCAAACCGACCAGAUUGACUGAAUGAGAACUGAAGGUAUUGUUCGUGUGUAUAGUAUGGUGUAUAUAUUCUCCCCUGUAAGCUUGUUGUAUCUGUAUUAUUCAGAUGGGCAGAUCCAUAGGGUGAUAUUCUUCUUGUGUUCGUACAAUAAUUAUACGUAGGUCUCCUCUUGGGUUGAAAUCCCAAAGGAAAUCAGGGAGAUCUUGCAUAAAGGAAAAUUGUACUCCGUACUUUUCA